GGCAACAUGAAUUAUUAAGGGGGACCAUCUCUCAGUAUGAAUUUAGCGUUUGAGCGCGAAAGUUGAAACGAUGGACCCCAGCACAACACACUCCACCGUUGAGCUUGUCUUACGCGACACACAAUCCACAGACACCGUCAAUUGUGCCUCAGGGCAGGACACAAUAGGAUGGAUGUUCUGGAAGAAGAGACGCUACGUAAUUGCCUUCCUCAUUUCAUUUGGCUUCUUCAAUGCAUACGCAAUGCGUGUUAAUCUCAGUGUUGCCAUUGUUGGGAUGACGGAGGUACGAAAAACAUCCCUGGAUAAUGGCACAAUCAUUGAGGAGCAGGACUUUGCGUGGGACUCCAAAGAUCAAGGCCUCGUUCUCAGUUCCUUCUAUUACGGCUACAUAUGGACGCAGAUUCUCGGUGGUGUUCUAGCAUCAAAGUUCGGAGGACAUUAUAUUCUUGGCUUUGGAAUAGGAGCAACAGCAAUUCUUACACUCUUAACACCACUUGCAACAAAUAUUAGCAUCACAGGUCUCGUUGUUGUGCGAAUCCUCGAAGGAUUUUGUGAGGGUACAACGUAUCCCGCAGUCCAGUCGCUCUUGGCACGAUGGGCACCAAUCUACGAACGUUCUCGAAUGUCCUCAAUUGGCUACAUUGGGAACUAUGUUGGAGUUUUUGUCUCUCUUCCUGUGUCGGGCUUUCUUACCGUUCAAUACGGUUGGGAAAGCGUCUUCUACUUUUUUGGGGCAAUUGGAUGCGUUUGGUUGGUGAUGUGGAUGGUAAUUGUGCGUGCAGGUCCUGAAUUGGACAGCCAUAUAUCGGAGGAGGAGAAGAACUACAUUAAGCAGAGUUUGGGAGAAGUGGCGAGUGAGAAGGAAUUGAUGGAUAUCCCGUGGAAGGCCAUUGUUACAUCAUCUGCAGUUUGGGCCCUCGUGGCGUCCAACUGUGGGGAAACAUGGGGCACAUACACACUCCUAACGCAGCUUCCAACAUUCCUCAAAGAUGUGAUGAACUUCCAAGUUGGAGCAACAGGUUUCCUUUCUGCCCUUCCUUAUUUAGCCAUGAGCUGCACAUUGGCUCUAUCGGGAUUCUUAGCAGACAAACUGCAGGAAAAGGGGAUUCUAACGACACUCCAGGUUCGAAGAUACUUCAACUGCUCAGCAUACAUCCUAGAAAUGAUUUUCCUUCUUCUAACGGCUCAUAUUCUCAAUCCCAUCGCCUGCAUGGCAUGUGUAACGAUCGCUGUGGCUUUCAAUGCAUUUGCUCUCUCAGGAUUCCCGGUAAAUCCUUUGGAUCUCGCUCCAAACUAUGCCUCUGUCGUUUGGGGACUUUCAAAUACAAUUUCCACCAUUCCUGGAAUUUUGAGUCCUCUCCUCUCAGGCUACAUUGUAACCAACAAGACGCGUGAACAGUGGCAGAUUGUUUUCUACAUUGCCGCAGGGGUUUAUAUUACAGCAAGUGUGAUCUACUGGUUUUUUGCCAAAGCCGAUUUACAACCAUGGGCUCAAAAGAGUCAACAACAGAAGAGCCAACCCCAGAUAUCAAACCCCACGACGAACAAUUCAACAUACCCUUCGACAAAGUUCUGAAGGAUUUCCUGCAAAUUAAAUUAAUUAAGAUUAUUUCUAUAUUUCUUAUUAAAAGCUUCUAUAAACGAGAA